AUGGCCUCAACAGGGGUGAAAGACCAGAGGCGAAUCAGAAAUCGUCUUGCACAAAGAACGACCAGAGAGCGGAAAGCCGCAUAUAUUCAAGAGCUGGAGAAACAAGUUGCAUCCUAUCAACGGGACAAUGCAAACUUGCACGUACAGGACUUGAUGAAAGAAGUGGCCGAACUCCGGAGAGCACUGCAGAAAGCGCGAAGCAAACUUCUCAGCAUUGCUACGACGGCGAAUUCGUCGGCUGAAUCGUUGGCACCGCAUCUCCUUCGCGCGAAGCAAGAUCAGAACACGCUUCAACCUUCGACUGGAAAUCCGGAGGGUAUUAUCGAGGACAAAGACGACUUUUCAGAUCGCGAACAGUCCGAAACGUCCGAGGGAGUGUGCUUGACCACAGCACCACACGAAAAUAGAGCAGACUCCGAGGCCCCGCAACUGAUCGACGCCAUGAUAGACGGAUUUUUUGAGGAAUGCUGCCCCAACAUGAAGAACUGGCUUGAGAUCACAGAUUCCUACACAACAAUCCGAUGGGUGCUGUGGUGGCAAGUCACACGCACAGCCGAAGCUGCGGCCGAUAUUCCCGCCACGAACACGCCCACGCCUGUCCAGAUUGCGCUCCCAUACCUCUCUGCCAUUGACUGGAUUCCAUUUCCAAGUAUACGCAACACUUUAAUACUGUCGGACGGAUAUGAUGUCGACCAAGUCUUCCGAAACAUGCACAAGUCAUUUGUGCUGCAGAAAGAAUUUCCCGUUCGAGAUGGGUCUGCUGACCGGUCAUAUAAAAGCGUGACCGGACUCGUUCAGACUGCGCUACGAGCCACCCUCGAUCCAUCCGAUUCAGCAGGCCAUGGACUGGCGCACGAUUUGUGGAGCGAAGGACCGCUGAAACGGACAAAAGCAGCAACGAGCGCCUAUUGCCAGCAACUGAUAAAUUUUGGCCGAUGGGUGCUGAAACUGGAUCCUGGUUUCUUUGUGAAAUACCCCGGCCUUUAUGAUUCGUCUAUAGUGGCAGAUGGACCUUGUCUGGAGCUCGUCAAUGCACCAGAUGUGCCGCCGCCGAAGCCUCUCAACAUGAACGCAGUAAAUACUUACGCUAGUCUACUGCUGAAGGACCAGAAUUACCACACGUAUGGCAUGGACUUGAGGAUCCAGCAUACGCCAGCGCAAAGAAGGAGGUAA